AUGUGUAGGGCCUUCGCUACGACGCUGAAGGGUCCUACGAGAAUUUGGUUAAGCCGGCUAACGCCUAACUCCACCAGCACUUUCAAGGAGCUUAGUACCCAGCUUACUUCGCACUUUAUUGGGGGGCAUAAGUAUAAAAAGUCUACUGCAUGCUUGAUGAGUAUCAGGCAACGAGAGGAUGAGACGCUGAGAUCUUACAUAGCCCGCUUUAACAAGGAAGCACUCUCGAUCGAUGAAGCUGACGACAAAAUACUUGUAGCAGCCUUCAUAAAUGGGUUGCGGAAAGGUAAGUUUUUUUUUUCUUUAUACAAGAACGAGUCGAAGACCACGUCGGAUGUACUUUACAGGGCCACCAAGUACAUGAAUGCUGAAGACGCGUUGUUGGCUAGAGAAGAGAGGCCUAAGAAAAGAGAGAGGCAAGAAGACACACGACAGGACAAAGGGCGGAAGAUGGCAAGGACUGGAGAGCGAAGGGAUGACAGGCACUCUAAGCCCCUUGCGGGGAGGUUCAUGAGCUUCACCUUGCUAACCACCCCAAUCAACUAA